AUGGACCAGAUUAAAGCGCUCCUCAAGCAGGCCAAAGAUGCGUCUGAUGAGCUACGAUUCGACCAGGCACAAGCAUUCAUUGUCUCGGCUCUGGAGCUCAACGCAAAUUAUGCACCCUCGUACGAGAUUCUGGGCGAGAUCUUUGUUGAGCAAGAUGCACUCCCUCAGGCGCGUAUAGCCUUUCAGAAAGCCAUCGAGGUGGCUGAGAAAGAAGAGGAUGCGCGUUCGGGAUUUGGCAAGUACCUCUGGCUCGGCCAAUUGUCUGAAGAAGGCGGCAUGGAUUCCCUCAAGUACUACAAAAUGGGCGUGAAGCGAUUGAUUGCACAUAUCGCCAAUUUGCCUGAAGCGCAACAACCACCGCUUCGUGCGAGGCUCGCAAGCGCCUACUCAGCUAUGGCUGAGCUCUACAUGACAGACUUGUGCAUGGAAGCCGAUGCAGAAGCGAAUUGUGAAAAAUAUGUGACGAAUGCCUUGUUGGCGGACGAAUCGAGCAGUGAAGCAUUGCAGACGAUGGCGAGUAUGCGACUCUCUCAACAGCGUGUCGAGGAAGCUCGCACGGCACUACGGCAUAGUCUGUCGUUGUGGCAUGAUCCAGAUGGCGCAUCAGGGGCAUUGCCUGCCUAUGCCUCACGGAUAGCCCUUGUGCGAUUGCUCCUUGAGUGUGAUAUGACGGAUGAAUCGCUUGACGUAUUGCAGCAGCUGUCCCGCGAAGAUGACGAGAGUGUCGAUUUGUGGUAUCUCUUUGGCUGGACCUAUUUCCUAGCCGGGCAACUGCUCCCGCAAAGCGAAAACAUGGAGAAGCGGAAUGAGUCCUGGGAGGAUGCGCGGCAUUGCUUGCAGAAAUGUGAGCAGCUGUACAAGCGCCUCGAGUGGGAAGAUGAAGGCAUCAGGGAGCAUGCUGGCGAGCUACUUGCGACCAUUGCUGAGGCUGGUAUCCCACUGACGACUGUGGACGAGGGCGACGAAGAGCGAAGAUGA